AUGGCCCUCGAUAUGAGAGCGGUCACCGAUGACUUGGAGCGGCUCGAGGCCGAUCGGAGCAAGACGAAGCUCUCCAACGAGGACCUCGAAAAGGGGCAGACGUCGCACAGCGGCCACAGCGCUUGUUGCGUGGAUGUCUCCCUUGAGACCUGCCACCCGAAGGGUCCCCAGCUAGGGGCUCUGGUGCUGAGCUUCAUUGUUGCUUGUGCCGUCAUUUUGCUCAACAUGCCCAACAUCGCACGUGCCACCGCAGAGGCCGUGCCGCGUCCAUGGAGUGUCAUCUAUGUCAUCUCGUUCUGGAUGAUGCUCUUGGCCUUAUUGGGUAGCUGUUGCUUUGUGGGCUGGCUUGCCAAAGGUGAGGCGGAAGGUCGAAAGUACUGGCCUGCGGGUGGAUGCUGCCUUCUUCUGGUUGUGCUACCAGGAGCAGUUCUUAGCCUUGUGUUCAUCCUUGCAGACACUUGGGACGACUUGAGCCUUCAAGGUGCAGGCACAGCAGAGGCCUACACGAUCGCCUUUCUCCUUCUUAGCUCGAUGGCUGCCAUACUGCCAGCGGUGGUCUUCUGCUUGAUCGCAGUACGUGGGGUCCAACGCCGUCUUGCAGAAACCAGUGAUUCCAAGAUUGCCAUAGGACUCUUUGCUGGGCUAUGCUUAGUGCUUGUAAGCUUUCUGGUGGCCGGAAUUGCCAUAUGCUUCACCUUGCAACCCUUGGGGGUAGGCCUUGCGUGGUUAGCAUGCCUCACCUUGCUUGGCAUCCUUAUCUUCAGCACUGGCUCUUGCCUCAUUGCGUGCCAAACCGCCUCGGUGGCACCAGAGGAACUCCUCGCUCCGGAGCACCAACUGGGCGCCGCGCGCGUCUCGCGCUCCUCCGGAGCACCGCGCGCCUCCGGUGCGCGCGUCGCGCGGUCCUCGGCGCUCUCGGCGCGCUCCUUGGAGCGUUUGAAGGUCAAGAGACCCAGCCGCCGGAAGACUGUUUGA